CAUAUCACUUAUCUAAUUAUCAAUCAAUCUCGUAGUAUGUAUCUCUUGGAGUACAUAAAAAAUAUAUAAAAAAUAAGAAAAACGUACCUACAUUGUAUUUUGCAGAUAAUAAAAAUAGCUAUAGAUUAUUUUAUUUUGAUAAGAGACUACAGGAAAAUAAUAAAGGAAAUCCUUCCAAAUAUUUGUUGUUGUAAAUUGUAAUUUUAUGCUUUAACAAUUGAAACGGAAAACUUUCGCAAUACUUGCAAAUUUGUUUUAAAUCAAUAGAUUAAUGUGCCUUAUCUAUCCAAUAUCUAUUGCAUUGAUAUAAAUUGAUUUAAGCUAUUUAUUGGGAGUUAUAAAUUAAUAAUUGCACUUUUCUAUAAGGCUCGAGUCUCAACGUACUUGUUAAUAUUAUAGAAAUCGAUUUUACUUCUCAACCACAAUGUUUGAUCACUUUGCCCAUGGCACACCAGUUGCCGCUGAACCUCCGCCUCCCCGAAAAGUUUUAAGGUUUGAUAAGGGCUAUUGGAAGACAAUGCCCGGAAUCCUGAAAAUAGUGGAACUGGUAUGCAAUAUCGUCGGUUUUAUUUGCAUAAAGAUAUCCUGGGCAUGGUUGUCAGCGAUAUUUUACAAUAUUUUAUACUGGGUGGGAAAUAUUAUCACUGCAUUCCUGUUCCUCAUGUAUACAUUUCACUUUGUGGAGAAGUAUGAUCGCUGGCCGUGGCACAAGUUGGAGUUCUUCUACUGUUCAGCGAUGUCAUUGUCAUACAUUGGUACAUCUAUAUUUGCAACAACACUUGGAGAAAGUGUCGGGUAUGCUGUUGGGUUCUUUGGCUUAUGUGCCAUCAUAGCAUAUGGCUUUGAUGCUUAUUUAAAAUACAAGGGAUGGAAAAGAGGAUUGCCACCACAAUGACAGAUUAUUACACUAAAUCACAACACUAAAAUGUUUGGUAAACUUUUAUAGUUAGUAAGAUAUUAUCGUCACCCUGCAGUGAAAACUGAUUGUAGAGGAACUUCAUAUAAAGUAUUUUUAUGAGAGAAUUUGUUUAAAUGAUUGUGAAACAGACAAAUUCCAUGAAUAAACCACUGUAUGAUGGCCAAGCUUAUA